UUCGUGCAGGAAAUAGGGUACCCAUUUAUAUAGUGCAAAAAUCCCCUCUGUAUAAACCCUAAUCUUCUUCCUCUCUGCCUCCUUCCCUCAACUCUGCGCAUUCGGAAGAAGUAACCAUGGUGAAGUACUCCAGAGAACCUGAUAAUCCCACCAAAUCAACCAAAGCCAGAGGUGCUGACCUUAGGGUGCAUUUCAAGAACACCAGGGAAACAGCGUUCGCCAUCAGGAAGUUGCCCCUGAUCAAAGCCAAGAGAUACUUGGAAGAUGUUUUGGCUCACAAACAGGCUAUUCCCUUCAGACGUUUCUGCCGUGGUGUUGGCAGGACCGCCCAAGCUAAGAAUAGACAUUCCAAUGGGCAAGGACGCUGGCCCGCCAAGUCAGCUAAAUUCAUUCUUGAUUUGCUCAAGAAUGCUGAGAGUAAUGCUGAAGUGAAAGGUUUGGAUGUGGAUGCUCUCUAUGUUUCUCAUAUCCAGGUCAAUCAAGCUCAAAAGCAAAGACGUCGUACCUACAGGGCUCAUGGAAGAAUCAAUCCCUACAUGUCAUCUCCAUGCCACAUUGAGUUGAUAUUGUCUGAGAAGGAAGAGGCUGUCCAGAAAGAGCCUGAGACCCAGUUGGCAACAAACAAGAAGAAGUCUCAAGCUCUUCGAACUGGCGCUUCAUCUUAAAUUGUUAGCAGAGCUAAUAGUUGCAUCCCUAUCUAGAUUAUGUCAUUUUUGUUGCACUCUAUCAGUUAUGUUUGUCAUGAGCUGUUUUUGAAGUUUGGGCAGCAGUUUUUGUUUCAUAUACUAUGGUUUAUGUUAAUUGACUUGCUUGGAAAAUUUUAUGGUUGUACUUGCAUGAUUGAUUCAAGUUUUAUUUACACAUUCUGGGCUUCAAAGA